AUGAAAUCAGCUACACUGUUAAUUGAUGGGUAUUGCAAGAAUCGUAAGUUGGGUGAAGCUAUGCAGCUAUUCAGCAAAAUGAAACAAAACGGAGUGAAACCCACUAUAGUUCCUUACACCAUAGUAUUAAGGGGACUAUACCAAGAUGGGAGAAUGAAGACUGCACAGAGGUUUCUUGAUGAGAUGCAAUCUUUUGGUCUUCGUCCAAACGAAGUUACAUACUGUACAAUGUUAGACGGUCUUUGCAAGAAUGGAAAAAUGGACGAGGCAAUGAAAUUGUUUGAAUCCAUGGAGGGUGGUAUCUUAGCCAAUGUUGCAAUGUACAAUGUUCUCAUUCAUAGUUUUUGUCGGGCUGGCCAGAUGGAAGACGCGAGAAAAGUGUUUCAUGAGAUUCCCAGAAAAGGAUUAGUUCAUGAUGUGGUAACAUAUACUACAUUGAUGUCUAGCCUCUUUCAUAACAAGAUGUUAUUGGAGGCUAAAAAUUUAAUCAUCGAAAUGGAAAACAAAGGUUGUUUACCAGAUGUUAGAGCAUAUGAUACUAUCAUCAAAGGCUUUCUUGAAGGAAAGAAGACGGACAAGGCAUUGCAAUUUCUCUGCAAGAUGCGUGGAAGAAACUUUGUACCCAGUGAUUCUGUGGUUAUUUUGUUAUUAAACACUCUCUUAGCAGAUGAGCUAAAAAACCUUUAG